UUAAAGAACGGUUUUCUGUUGUGUUUAUUAAUUCAUGCCAAGGAGCUGUGGAAUGAAACGAGAUAGUCCCAGUAGUAUAUAGGGAGUCAAAUGAAUACCGUUUCGCAGAGGAAGGAGUAUUUCCCCGUUUUGCAGCCCCCAGCUUUAAUUCCGAAGCUCGCAAGCUCGCUUCGGUUGAACCGGGGGGCUGCAAAACGGGGAAAUGCUGCGUCCCUCUUUGAAACAGUAUUCAUUUGACUCCCUAUAUACUACUUACAACAACAGGGAAGGGGAGGGAUACCAAUUACAAACAAACGAGCCCGCUGUUAUACCGCCCGAACCUUUGCGAUGCUUCGAGCAACAAACAAGUGUGUGUGGUUGAUGCGGGGCCGGAAAGAAAGCUGCGGAAAGAACUGUGUCGUCACUUAUUGCAGGCAGCACAACCAUCAACUGAAGAAAGGAAUGAAAAUGCCAGCUCCGUGUAGAGGCCGCGGAGUCGGGGUUUUGUGUGAUUACCGUCUUUGCAUUCCAUGCGGCGGAAGCGCGAUAAAACAGCGUCUUAACCGCAAGCGGAAAAAAGCAAAGAAAAUUUUUGAACUUGUUUUGCUCGAGCUGAUGUCAACCUAAUUAGAGAAAUGAAACCUUACGUUAUAUCACAAGUCACUAUGUCUUAUGUUAACCAAAACUUUGAAAAAAGACUGGAAGAAGAACUUGCAAAAAUCGAUCCAAUAACGUUGCAAUAUUUUGAGCAACUACUUGCAGAAAACGCGCCAGCUGUAGGAAAGCUUGUUCAGAACGUGCUGGAUGAACCUAUUUCCCAAGAAGCGCAGAAGCGUUUGCAAAAACCUUUACAUCCAAAACCUUACCAGCCAAGACCCCCUUCCCGGCAAAGAAAGGCGAGAAAAAAAUCAAGAGCUUCUGAGGGAGUACGACCCUUUCCCUGCGCAAAACAUCCGGACAGUGACAGACUACCAGAACGAGAUCCUGGACCUGUUCGACGAUGCAACGCAUGAGGGGGGAGAAAGUAAAGGGCGGCGUUACAUUCGAUGGCGCUUCAUCAGAGGUCUGGAAAAAGACCUAACAACAAACUUUAUGGCAAAGAUACGUGAAAACGUAAGCACGGCGUUUUACCUGAGGCAUGUUUUCUCAUAUCAGUUGCGCAACAUUGAAGAUGAAGAAGAGACGGUGAUUCUGUUCUACAAAAACACCGGCUCACCUUGGAUAAACAGGCUGGAAGAGGCGGAAGAAUGGCUUAGCCGCCAGGAAAAAAGCCGCCUUGAGCUUGAAGGCGUCGCAAGGCCGAAUACAAAGUGGGUGUUUGAAAGCUUUUUUAAUGUUGACCUGAAGGUUGUGCUUGACAGGCAGCCGUUGGUGGGAACAGGCCCGUUACCUGACUG